AUGUCAAGUACGAUAUUUGUGACAUCCUUUAAGAAUUCGUAUUGUUUUUGUUCAUGAAUAUUGAUAUUCAUAGUAUUGUUAAUUAAGGGAUACAUUUUUCUAUGGAUUUUUUAUUUUUACAAACCAAUACUAAACUGUAUGUGACAAGUUUAAAUGGAUAUACCUUGGGCUAGAUUCUAUCUGAUCCGUGCUAACUGAAAUCCGAAUAGCGAUUGUUUUGAUGGUGUCGGAGGUGGAACUGCGAUAGAGCGGCCAAAUCCACAAGUGGGCCCCCCUAAAGCGGACAUUGCCAUUGGCUGCACGGAAUUGCAUCAACAGAAAAAUCCCCAUGCAGCCUUGUUCGAAACACUGGAAUGUGAGAUGUAAACUACACCUAGAUAAGGCUGAUGGAGAUCCUCAUUAUAAUGAUUUUCAAUUUGAGAUUCAUUUCUAUAUAUAUAUAUAUAUAGACUACAUUUUCUCCUUCUGAACAUCUAAACCGCGAGUGGGAUGGGGUGUGGCUUCGUGACAAUGAUCAAGAGCAGCUGCUCACCGAUUUGACUGCUCCAACGCAGUUACACCGCCGAAACACCAGCUAUAUGCGUGUGUCGGCUAUUGCUGGUUAACAGCUGAUUUGAUUGAAGCUCUUAUCUUUCGCUAUUAUUUACCACUUCCCCAUACAGGCUCUCACAGACAUCAGUACAUUAUGUAUUUGCACCAGGUACCUUGUACAAAGCAACUUUGCACACUAUUUAUCCGUCAAAUUUUUUAUACUGAAAAGAUCACAAAAAUGUUUCCUAUUGUAGAAUGUUUGCUUAAAAAAAAUAAAAAUAAUGUAACAUGUUUUUUUUUCUUAUGUUUUAUUUGAUCUUAGUUCCCUCGAAUUAUUAACUGCUUUAUAUUUAUAUUCACCAAGACCGGUAUGAUAUUUAUUUACUUUUGAGUUAUUUUGGGCAUAUCACUGAAGUGUCAAAGUGUCCUGAGAGACUAAUGUGGACGUUUUUUAAAAAACUGUCAUAGAGCCUCGCCUGGUUUGUACUUGUCUUGUUAAUAUUAAAUCUAAUAAAUUAUGUAACACCCGUAGAAUAUAGAUGUGUCAUUUUUUUCAUUACUGUUGGAAUAUAAUUUCAUUUUUUGUCGCAUGUUAUAACAUCUCAGAAUCCUUCUAGGGGUACAUCUCAAUAGUGUGGUCUAAAAUCCUUCUAGGGGUACAUCUCAAUAGUGUGGUCUAAUAUCCUUCUAGGGGUACAUCUCAAUAGUGUGGUCUAAUAUCCUUCUAGGGGUACAUCUCAAUAGUGUGGUCUAAAAUCCUUCUAGGGGUACAUCUCAAUAGUGUAGUCUAAAAUCCUUCUGGGGUACAUCUCAAUAGUGUGGUCUAAAAUCCUUCUAGGGGUACAUCUCAAUAGUGUGGCCUAAAAUCCUUCUAGGGGUACAUCUCAAUAGUGAAGUAUAAUAUCCUUCUAGGGGUACAUCAAUAAUGUCGUUUAAUAUCCUUCUAGCAGGUAGAGUAUAAUAUUAUUAAUAUUAUACCAUUUAGCAGACGCUUUUAUCCAAAGCGACUUAGUCAUGUGUGCAUAAAUUUUUACGUAUGGGUGGUCCCGGGGAUCGAACCCACUACCCUGGCGUUACAAGCGCCAUGCUCUACCAAUUGAGCUACAGAGGACCCAGUCAAAAGUUUGGACACACCUACUCAUUCCAGGGUUUUUAUUAAUUGUUUUACAUUGUAGAAUAAUAGUGAAGACAUCAAAACUAUGCAAUAACACAUAUCCACAAUCACCCGACCUCAACCCAAUUGAGAUGGUUUGGGAUGACUCGGACCGCAGAGUGAAGGAAAAGCAGCCAACAAGUGCUCAGCAUAUGUGGGAACUCCUUCAAGACUGUUGGAAAAGCAUUCCAGGUGAAGCUGGUUGAGAGAAUGCCAAGAGUGUGCAAAGCUGUCAUCACGGCAAAGGGUGGCUGCUUUGAAGAAUCUCAGAUAUAAAAUAUAUUUUGAUUGUUUAACACUUUUUUGGUUACUACAUGAUUCCAUAUGUGUUAUUUCAUAGUUUUGAUGUCUUCACUAUUAUUCUACAAUGUAAAAAAUAGUACAAAUAAAGGAAAAACCCUUGAAUGAGUAGGUGUGGCCAAACUUUUGACUGCUACUGUAUAUCUCCACUAAUUUAUGAUUUUAACAAAAAUAUCUUCCCCACGUAGAUCAAGAGACUGUAUUUCAACCAUAAACACAGAAAGAAACCACGUCGCGCCACAAUACCAGUAUUCAGUCGUCUAUUAUCAGGGAAAAUCUUUACAAAAUAUAAACAUUUCUGCCAUUCUCUGGUCCAUCAGUCAGAAGUGCUUAACUGUAGUUAGACUAGAAAGGUGCGGUCUCUCCGGUGAGCAGUUGAAAGAAACAGCAUCUUUAUCCUACAAGGUACAUAUUUACAUGUCACACAGAUUUACUGGGCCAUCACUCCACACACACACACACACACACACACACACACACACACACACACACACACACACACACACACGCACACACACACAGUUAUCAUUCAGACAUACAGACCUUCCAAACCCACAGCGCUAAUAUGAUAUAGGGAUAGUAGAUAGUAGAUACUAUUGUGUCCCAAAGGGCAACCUAUUCCCUACAUAGUGCACUACUUUAGUUGUCUCAUAGUCAUAGGUCAAGGGUCAGAGGUUAGGGGUCACUUCCUGGCUUUGCCCUUGCCUUUGCCCUUUCCCUUCCCAGAAUCCCCGGCUGUUGCCUUCUCCUUUUUGGGCUCCUUGGAGGGUUUGGCCUUCUUCUGCUGUGGAGGGGAGAGGAGAGGGGCGGGAGAAACAGGGAGGAGGGGGGAGGGAGAAACAGGGGGAGGGAGGUACAGGGGGGAGGGGGAAACAGGGGGGAGGGAGAAGGGAGAAACAGGAGGGAGGGGGGGAGAGAGAAACAGGGGGGAGGGGGGAGAGAGAAACAGGGGGGAGGGGGGAGAGAGAAACAGGGGGGAGGGGGAGGGAGAAACAGGAGGGAGGGGGGAGAGAGAAACAGGAGGGGGGGGGGGAAGACGGAGAGGAAGAGGAAGAGAGAAAAAUAAAGUGAUUAUCUGAUUCAGAUUCACCAGUGUGUUAUACAUCACCAGUGUGUUAUACAGUGGGGAAAAAAGUAUUUAGUCAGCCACCAAUUGAGCAAGUUCUCCCACUUAAAAAGAUGAGAGAGGCCUGUAAUUUUCAUCAUAGGUACACGUCAACUAUGACAGACAAAUUGAGAGAAAAAAAAUCCUGAAAAUCACAUUGUAGGAUUUUUAAUGAAUUUAUUUGCAAAUUAUGGUGGAAAAUAAGUAUUUGGUCACCUACAAACAAGCAAGAUUUCUGGCUCUCACAGACCUGUAACUUCUUCUUUAAGAGGCUCCUCUGUCCUCCACUCGUUACCCGUAUUAAUGGCCCCUGUUUGAACUUGUUAUCAGUAUAAAAGACACCUGUCCACAACCUCAAACAGUCACACUCCAAACUCCACUAUGGCCAAGACCAAAGAGCUGUCAAAGGACACCAGAAACAAAAUUGUAGACCUGCACCAGGCUGGGAAGACUGAAUCUGCAAUAGGUAAGCAGCUUGGUUUGAAGAAAUCAACUGUGGGAGCAAUUAUUAGGAAAUGGAAGACAUACAAGACCACUGAUAAUCUCCCUCGAUCUGGGGCUCCACGCAAGAUCUCACCCCCGUGGGGUCAAAAUGAUCACAAGAACGGUGAGCAAAAAUCCCAGAACCACACGGGGGGACCUAGUGAAUGACCUGCAGAGAGCUGGGACCAAAGUAACAAAGCCUACCAUCAGUAACACACUACGCCGCCAGGGACUCAAAUCCUGCAGUGCCAGACGUGUCCCCCUGCUUAAGCCAGUACAUGUCCAGGCCCGUCUGAAGUUUGCUAGAGUGCAUUUGGAUGAUCCAGAAGAGGAUUGGGAGAAUGUCAUAUGGUCAGAUGAAACCAAAAUAGAACUUUUUGGUAAAAACUCAACUCGUCGUGUUUGGAGGACAAAGAAUGCUGAGUUGCACCCAAAGAACACCAUACCUACUGUGAAGCAUGGGGGUGGAAACAUCAUGCUUUGGGGCUGUUUUUCUGCAAAGUGAACAGGACGACUGAUCCGUGUAAAGGAAAGAAUGAAUGGGGCCAUGUAUCGUGAGAUUUUGAGUGAAAACCUCCUUCCAUCAGCAAGGGCAUUGAAGAUGAAACGUGGCUGGGUCUUUCAGCAUGACAAUGAUCCCAAACACACCGCCCGGGCAACGAAGGAGUGGCUUCGUAAGAAGCAUUUCAAGGUCCUGGAGUGGCCUAGCCAGUCUCCAGAUCUCAACCCCAUAGAAAAUCUUUGGAGGGAGUUGAAAGUCCGUGUUGCCCAGCGACAGCCCCAAAACAUCACUGCUCUAGAGGAGAUCUGCAUGGAGGAAUGGGCCAAAAUACCAGCAACAGUGUGUGAAAACCUUGUGAAGACUUACAGAAAACGUUUGACCUGUGUCAUUGCCAACAAAGGGUAUAUAACAAAGUAUUGACCAAAUACUUAUUUUCCACCAUAAUUUGCAAAUAAAUUCAUUAAAAUCUUUUUUUCUCAACUUGUCUGUCAUAGUUGACGUGUACCUAUGAUGAAAAUUACAGGCCUCUCUCAUCUUUUUAAGUGGGAGAACUUGCACAAUUGGUGGCUGACUAAAUACGUUUUUCCCCCACUGUACAUCACCAGUGUGUUCUACAUCACCAGUGUGUUCUACAUCACCAGUGUGUUCUACAUCACCAGUGUGUUCUACAUCACCAGUGUGUUCUACAUCACCAGUGUGUUCUACAUCACCAGUGUGUUCUACAUCACCAGGGUGUUCUACAUCACCAGGGUGUUCUACAUCACCAGUGUGUUAUACAUCACCAGUGUGUUCUACAUCACCAGUGUGUUCUACAUCACCAGUGUGUUCUACAUCACCAGUGUGUUAUACAUCACCAGUGUGUUAUACAUCACCAGGGUGUUCUACAUCACCCGUGUGUUAUACAUCACCAGUGUGUUAUACAUCACCAGUGUGUUCUACAUCACCAGGGUGUUCUACAUCACCAGUGUGUUAUACAUCACCAGUGUGUUCUACAUCACCAGGGUGUUAUACAUCACCAGUGUGUUCUACAUCACCAGUGUUAUACAUCACCAGUGUGUUAUACAUCACCAGUGUGUUCUACAUCACCAGGGUGUUCUACAUCACCAGUGUGUUAUACAUCACCAGUGUGUUAUACAUCACCAGUGUGUUCUACAUCACCAGUGUGUUCUACAUCACCAGUGUGUUCUACAUCACCCGUGUGUUCUACAUCACCCGUGUGUUAUACAUCACCAGUGUGUUAUACAUCACCAGUGUGUUCUACAUCACCAGGGUGUUCUACAUCACCAGUGUGUUCUACAUCACCAGUGUGUUCUACAUCACCAGUGUGUUCUACAUCACCAGUGUGUUCUACAUCACCAGUGUGUUCUACAUCACCAGUGUGUUCUACAUCACCAGUGUGUUCUACAUCACCAGUGUGUUCUACAUCACCAGUGUGUUCUACAUCACCAGUGUGUUCUACAUCACCAGUGUGUUCUACAUCACCAGUGUGUUCUACAUCACCAGUGUUAUACAUCACCAGUGUGUUAUACAUCACCAGUGUGUUAUACAUCACCAGUGUGUUCUACAUCACCAGUGUGUUCUACAUCACCAGUGUGUUCUACAUCACCAGGGUGUUCUACAUCACCAGUGUGUUCUACAUCACCAGUGUGUUCUACAUCACCAGUGUGUUCUACAUCACCAGUGUGUUCUACAUCACCAGUGUGUUCUACAUCACCAGGGUGUUCUACAUCACCCGUGUGUUAUACAUCACCAGUGUGUUAUACAUCACCAGGGUGUUAUACAUCACCAGUGUUAUACAUCACCAGUGUGUUCUACAUCACCAGUGUGUUCUACAUCACCAGUGUGUUCUACAUCACCAGUGUGUUCUACAUCACCAGUGUGUUCUACAUCACCAGUGUGUUCUACAUCACCAGGGUGUUCUACAUCACCAGGGUGUUCUACAUCACCAGUGUGUUAUACAUCACCAGUGUGUUCUACAUCACCAGGGUGUUCUACAUCACCAGUGUUAUACAUCACCAGUGUGUUCUACAUCACCAGUGUGUUCUACAUCACCAGUGUGUUCUACAUCACCAGUGUGUUCUACAUCACCAGUGUGUUCUACAUCACCCGUGUGUUAUACAUCACCAGUGUGUUAUACAUCACCAGUGUGUUCUACAUCACCAGUGUGUUAUACAUCACCAGUGUGUUAUACAUCACCAGGGUGUUCUACAUCACCAGUGUGUUCUACAUCACCAGUGUGUUCUACAUCACCAGUGUGUUCUACAUCACCAGUGUGUUCUACAUCACCCGUGUGUUAUACAUCACCCGUGUGUUAUACAUCACCAGUGUGUUCUACAUCACCAGGGUGUUCUACAUCACCAGUGUGUUCUACAUCACCAGUGUGUUCUACAUCACCAGUGUGUUCUACAUCACCAGUGUGUUCUACAUCACCAGUGUGUUCUACAUCACCAGGGUGUUCUACAUCACCAGUGUGUUCUACAUCACCAGGGUGUUCUACAUCACCAGUGUGUUCUACAUCACCAGUGUGUUCUACAUCACCAGUGUGUUCUACAUCACCAGUGUGUUCUACAUCACCAGUGCGUUCUACAUCACCAGGGUGUUCUACAUCACCAGUGUGUUCUACAUCACCAGUGUGUUCUACAUCACCAGUGUGUUCUACAUCACCAGUGGGAUAUACAUCACCAGGGUGUUAUACAUCACCAGUGUGUUCUACAUCACCAGUGUGUUCUACAUCACCAGGGUGUUCUACAUCACCAGUGUGUUCUACAUCACCAGUGUGUUCUACAUCACCAGGGUGUUAUACAUCACCAGUGUGUUCUACAUCACCAGUGUCUUCUACAUCACCAGUGUGUUCUACAUCACCAGUGUGUUCUACAUCACCAGGGUGUUAUACAUCACCAGUGGGAUAUACAUCACCAGGGUGUUAUACAUCACCAGUGUGUUCUACAUCACCAGGGUGUUCUACAUCACCAGUGUGUUCUACAUCACCAGUGUGUUCUACAUCACCAGUGUGUUCUACAUCACCAGGGUGUUCUACAUCACCAGUGUGUUCUACAUCACCAGUGGGAUAUACAUCACCAGUGUGUUCUACAUCACCAGUGUGUUCUACAUCACCAGUGUGUUCUACAUCACCAGUGUGUUCUACAUCACCAGUGUGUUCUACAUCACCAGGGUGUUCUACAUCACCAGGAUGUAGGGUGUUCUACAUCACCAGUGUGUUCUACAUCACCAGUGUGUUCUACAUCACCAGGGUGUUCUACAUCACCAGUGUGUUCUACAUCACCAGGGUGUUCUACAUCACCAGUGUGUUCUACAUCACCAGUGUGUUAUACAUCACCAGUGUGUUAUACAUCACCAGUGUGUUCUACAUCACCAGUGUGUUCUACAUCACCAGUGUGUUAUACAUCACCAGUGUGUUCUACAUCACCAGUGGGAUAUACAUCACCAGGGUGUUCUACAUCACCAGUGUUAUACAUCACCAGUGUGUUAUACAUCACCAGUGUGUUCUACAUCACCAGUGUGUUCUACAUCACCAGUGUGUUCUACAUCACCAGGGUGUUCUACAUCACCAGUGUGUUCUACAUCACCAGUGUGUUAUACAUCACCAGUGUGUUAUACAUCACCAGUUCUAUAUUCAGGUCAAGGAAUGGAUUGUUCAUCUUUCAGAACGAGCAUGUGUGUGCAUAAAAGUGUGUGUGUGUGUGUGUGUGUGUGUUGUGUUGUGUGUGUAUAUCUACAGGUAACUGCCAAAAUAAAGGAAACCCCAACAUGAAGUGUCUUAACAGGGCGUUGGGCCUCCACGAGCCAGAACAGCUUCAAUGCGCCUUGGCAUAGAUUCUACAAGGGUCUGUGCCACUCCAGAAUCUCCCACCAUUCAGGGACCGCUCAUUCCCUGUGGAUGGGUGCAUUCCCCCUCGUACGGCCCAGUACAUCACUGGGGCCGAGCUUCCUGCCAUCCAGGACCUCUAUACCAGUACAUCACUGGGGCCGAGCUUCCUGCCAUCCAGGACCUCUAUACCAGGCGGUGUCAGAGGAAGCCCCUACAAACGGUCAAAGACUCCAGCCACCCUGGUCAUAGACUGUUCUCUCUGCUACCGCACGGCAAGCGGUACCAGAGCGCCAAGUCUAGGUCCAAGAGGCUUCUUAACAGCUUCUACCCCCAAGCCAUAAGACUCAAGAACAUCUAAUCAAAUGGCUACCCGGAUUAUUUGCAUUGUCCACCCCCCCACCCCUCUUUUACGCUGCUGCUACUCUCUGUUUAUUUUCUAUGCAUAGUCACUUUAAUAACUCUACCUACAUGUACAUAUUACCCCAAUUACCUCGACUAACCGGUGCCCCCGCACAUUGACUCGGUACCGGUACCCCCCUGUAUAUAGCCUCAUUAUUACCUGGACUAACCGGUGCCCCCGCACAUUGACUCGGUACCGGUACCCCCUGUAUAUAGCCUUAUUAUUACCUCGACUAACCGGUGCCCCCGCACAUUGACUCUGUACCGGUACCCCCUGUAUAUAGCCUCCCUACUGUUAUUACACAUUGACUCUGUACCGGUACCCCCCUGUAUAUAGCCUCCCUACUGUUAUUUCCCAUUGACUCUGUACCGGUACCCCCCUGUAUAUAGCCUCCCUACUGUUAUUUCCCAUUGACUCUGUACCGGUACCCCCCUGUAUAUAGCCUCCCUACUGUUAUUUCCCAUUGACUCGUACCGGUACCCUCCCUGUAUAUAGCCUCCCUACUGUUAUUGUUUCCCAUUGACUCUGACCGGUACCCCCCUGUUAUAUAGCCUCCCUACUGUUAUUUCCCAUUGACUCUGUACCGGUACCCCCCUGUAUAUAGCCUCCCUACUGUUAUUUUACUGCUGCUCUUUAAUUAUUUGUUACUUUUAUUUAGUAUUAUUUUAUAUUGUAUUGUUUUGGUAUUCUUUCUUAAAACUGCAUUGUUGGUUAAGGGGCUUGUCAGUAAGCAUUUCACUGUAAGGUCUACUACACCUGUUGUAUUCGGCGCACGUGACAAAUACAAUUUGAUUUGAUUUUGAUUUGACAUCCUGGAAGAGACCACUCCAAUCAGGAUAGAAAUGAUUCACCAGAGGUCGAAGGUGAUCCCUCAGAAUGUCUGUGUGUUUACUGGCGUUUCCCCAUGUCCUCUAAGGGGCUGAGUGGACCCAAACCAUGCCAGGAAACUGCACCCCACACCACAGAGCUGCCAGAACCCUUUACUCAAGUGUUUCCUUUAUUUUGAAAGUUAUCUGUAUAUAUAAGUGUGUGUGUGUGUGUGUGUGUGGUGUGUGUGUGUGUGUGUGUGUGUGUGCAGUGGUACAGUACAUUUCGACACUAGAAUGAAUGUUUCUGACUCAUAUCGAUGCCACAUUGGCCGUUUAAAACAAGAGAAGUUGGUUCUAAAGGGGCAGCUGACCUUUAAAUAAUUCCCAAUUUCUUCUAAAAAUAAGUUGGGAAAAAAUAAAAAUGUAAGAGAAGUGGGGGGUAUAUAUAUAUAUACACUGUCUAGAAGUGUGUUCCUCCUUACUUUGAUCAUGGCGUCAGCUGCAACACCUUCCUCCUCCUCCUCUUCCUCAGGCUGUUCCUCUCGCCCCUCUCCUCCCAGCUCCGCCUCCGCUCCCCCGCCACGACGGCCCUUCUUGAUUGGUUGGAGGGAGUAGGGUGUCAGGUGGGUCUCACGGUUAUAGGCCCUCGUGAACGCUGACUUCACCUGGGCACAGAUUAGAUUAAUACCAUUAUUACAAUCACAGAUUGGGAUUAUUAUUAUAAUAGGGCUCUGGUCUAGUUUAUCAUAGGGGUCAGGUCAGGUCAGGCUGCCCACCCUCGCCCCCACCCCUAAUCCCGUCUCCUCUGACCUUGGGGUCUAGUUUAGCAUAGGGGUCAGCCCCCCCACCCCUCCCCCCGUCUCCUCUGACCUUGGGGUCUAGUUUAGCAUAGGGGUCAGCCCCCCCCACCCCUCCCCCCGUCUCCUCUGACCUUGGGGUCUAGUUUAGCAUAGGGGUCAGCCCCCCCACCCCUCCCCCUGUCUCCUCUGACCUUGGGGUCUAGUUUAGCAUAGGGGUCAGCCCCCCCCACCUCUGACCUUGGGGUCUAGUUUAGCAUAGGGGUCAGCCCCCCACCCCUCCCCCCGUCGCCUCUGACCUUGGGGUCUAGUUUAGCAUAGGGGUCAGCCCCCCACCCCUCCCCCCGUCGCCUCUGACCUUGGGGUCUAGUUUAGCAUAGGGGUCAGCCCCCCCACCCCUCCCCCCUGUCUCCUCUGACCUUGGGGUCUAGUUUAGCAUAGGGGUCAGCCCCCCCCACCCCUCCCCCCGUCUCCUCUGACCUUGGGGUCUAGUUUAGCAUAGGGGUCAGCCCCCCCCACCCCUCCCCCCCAUCCCCUCUGACCUUGGGGUCUAGUUUAGCAUAGGGGUCAGGCUGCCCCCCCCAGAGGCUGAUCUCCAUGAGGCUGUCCACAUCCUCUCUGACCAGGUGGUAGUCAUCUAACAGCUGGACGGCCUGACCAGCCCCCUCCGCCCCCUGCCUCUGGAGAGGACACAACAGGGCCAUGCGGAGGUAGGGCAGGUAGUCCAGGCUCACUGCCUGUCUGCUACUUAAUGUCCUGAAGGAGAUGGGAGAUGGAGGGGGGGAGAUAGAGGAGGGGGAGGAGAAGGAGGACGGGGGGAGCGAGGAGGAGGUGAAGCGGACGAGGGAGAAGGGGGAGGAGAGGAGGAGGGGGGGGGAGGGGGAGGGGGAGGGGGGGGAAGAGGAGGAGGGGGGGGAUGAGGGAGAGGGGGAGAGAGGGGGGGGAGAGAGGAGGAGGGGGAGAGAGGCGAGGGGGGAAGAGAGAGGGAGGAGGGGCGAGAGGAGGAGGGGAUCGAGGGGGGGGAAAAGAGGGGAGGGAGGGGGGGGGAAGGGGGGAGAAUAG